CGUUUGUUGCAAUUUGAGAUACCACCCACAUGAGACCGUAGUCAGUGUGCGGGCUGGUUUCAAAGUUGGCAGUUGAGGUUGACGUGAUCGCACAUCUAAUAUCAAAGAAAAGGUCGGGUUUGAUGCAAUCUAAAAUGUCCUACAACGGUUUGAGAUUCCCUGUCGCUUCUAUUGUUACCUUCUUGUUGGCUUUAAGACUGAGCGACGUACAUGCUCAGUGUACAAUGGUGCAGUACGACGGCCAAGGAGUAGAAUCUACCGAAUACCCUGAGACAAUUUCGGACAUAGAAUAUGAUAAGGAUAAGUGCUUUAACUUCUGCUUGAUGACCAGUGACUGUGUGAUGGCCGGUUUCUAUGACGACGGCAUUUGUUACUACAGCUCUACUGCAAUAGCAAUGUACAGUGAUCCGAGCUUCUUAACGGCCAUCAAAGUGUGUCAAACUACUACUUCGACAACUACAACAACCACAACAACCACCCCAACUACAACAACCACAACAACCACCCCAACUACAACAACCACCCCAACUACAACAACCACCCCAACUACAACAACCACAACAACCACCCCAACUACAACAACCACAACAACCACCCCAACUACAACAACCACAACAACCACCCCAACUACAACCAACCCAACUACAACAACCGACCCAACUACAACAACCAACCCAACUACAACAACCAACCCAACUACAACAACCACAACAACCAACCCAACUACAACAACCACUAAAGCAGCAACUAUAGGAGCUGUACGGAAAUGUCGUAAACACUAAUGUAAAAAGUAUACGUGUGCUAUCAAUUGGAUGCCUUUAGGAUCGGUUUACAGCGGUAAAAUGUGUUCACCAAUAAUCCAUCAAAACAAACGGAUUAAGCCUUCUGCUUUUGUGGAAUACUGGGGAUGAGAAAUAAUUUUUAAGUUAUUUUAGUCUUUUAAAAAAAAAGUUUUAUUUAGCAUACAGAGUUUGUAUGACGUCAAAAGUGCUUUCACGGUCUGUUUUGGUCUAUUGAAAGGAAUGAUCUGUUGCUACUGUUAUUUGCAUAGAGAUUGAUGCUUUUUACUACACGCUAUUAUUUAACUUGCUUCGUCGUCUGUCUGUCGUGCUUUGGUCUGUCGUCCGUCAUGGUUCAAAACUGAUGAGCGAAACUUUGACAACUCCCACGUGUUAAAUUCUUCAUAACUUGGCACUUGAGUCUUGAUCCAAUGACAAUGUGAAAUCAAUUUGACUUACUUCAAUGCUUAAUUAAUGUUUAAAUAAUUAUUCAAAAUCUUCUAUGUACAGUACUAUUUUCCGAGCUAAUACACGCACACUGUGGUUAUUUGAUGUGCAAUUUUUUCUAGUAGUGAAAAUCUACUGUUUAAUUUUUUUUUAAGUAUUGAAAAAUAUUAAAUAAAACAAGUGUAUAAAUAACAUGUUUUUUAAAAAAAAAAUAAUAAUCCACUAAAAAAGCAUAAUAAACGAUUUAAUAACAAUCUGUUAUGUAAUAAUUCACUAAAAGGAGAAAAUAAACUACUGUUUAAAUUACUAAAAAGAAAAGCGCUUUUAUUUUUAUUUAUUUAAGUAGUAGUUAAUUAUUAUAUUUAAAGGAAAGAAUUUAUUUUCUCCUUUUUAGUGGAUUAUUACAUAAAAACUUGUUAAUAAAACGUUUUUUAUGCAUUUAUUGUUCAGUAAUUUAAAAAAAUUGUAUACGAUGAAGUUGAAGGAUUAAAAACUAUUUCUCACCAAAUGAACAUUAGAAAUGCGCUACAACAGUACGAUAAAUAGUACUUUAUAUGAGAAAUUUUAAAUAAGCCAUAAAAUAUAAUAAGCCAAGCAAUUAAGUCAAAUUUGAUGUUAAAUUGCAUUGUCAUUGGGUCUUGGCCUAAGUUUGAAACGAAUCGGUAUGUUAAAAGUGAUCGAAAUUCGCUCGGCAGUUUCGAUCUAUGACUACAUAACGACAGAAGUUAAAUAAAAGCUUAUAUAAGGUAGAAAAUAAAUGAUUUAUAAUAAUACACAUCGAUUUAAAUUGCAAAUAAAGAAAAGCGUCGAUCACUGAAGCUAUAUUAUCAAUUAAAUACCUGAAAUAAAAUUUCAAAAGUGAACUACUACUACGCUUUUCUUUUUAGUUCGUUAAAUAGUGUUGCAUUAUUAGAUAUUUAAAGAAAAUCAUUAAGUGCAUUUUUAUAUAAAAUCUUGUUAUUAAAACAUUUUUUAUUGAUUUUUUAAACUUUCAAAUUCAGUUGCAUUGUUUU